CUCAACAACGACGUUCGAUCAAUUGAGCAGAGGAAGACAGGCGCCAGAAACCAUGUUAUAUUUGGCUUGAGUAGGAGCCACAGAUUGCAAAGUCACUCGAAUUCCCAGAAAACAUCAGUUCAAGUGCUCCUUCCCUAAAAUGCUGCACGCGCGAGAACUGCUCAUCAUCGAAUUUAUCUUGUAUGAUGUUUACGGGGCGAAAGUGACAGAUCAAGUCGUAUUAUUGUCGCCGAGGGCUAUCAUACAGCAAUUGAAGAUCAAGUCGGGACUGCAGCCUGAAACAUAAGCACGAUUUUUCUCUGGUGAGCACAGCACUAGUUCACUGACGCCAUGGACAGAGGGUGGUUUAUUGGACAAGAGAAGAUUUUGCCGACAACAUCUGAACAGGAGACACAUUUGCCAAGUGCUUCUAGAUUAUUGUCAAAGCCCUGUAUGGCCAUCAAUCUGAAUGACUUGCUGCGACAAGUAAAAAGUGAUGUGGAGAAGAAGCCGAUUCCUAUCCGUCCACCAGGUCCUCGAGUGCCACCGCCAAGCAUUCGGGACGUCCACACUCUAUUAUGUGAACCUGUACCAAAAUCCAUCAUCCGUCAACGCUCACAGUCUCUGCCACCUACCACAGAAAAGAGAAGAAAAUGCAGACAUUUUGGUGUACGAUUUAUUGACUCUCUGGGCCUUGAUCUGGAGAAUAUCAAGUUUUUCAAAUCCGGAGAUGAACCAUCCGUACCACAUCACGUCAGUUUUAGAUUGCUGAUGGCUGCAGAGUUGGCCGAUGGAAACCAUUUGGAGAUAUCCUUGCCUUACUUACAGCCACUUUUUGACCAACACACCGGCGAUCAUCCAGGAUUUUUGCAUCGUCUUCUCAAGCACAAAGUGUGUCUCGAGAGAGUCCUAUGUUUUGAAUUCGGUGUGAUCGGAAUUGCCCAAGUGCUGAAUCUGGAUUUUGAGAAAGACGUAACUGCUCGCUAUUCAUUUACAGAGUGGAAGAGCUGUGCAGAAACUAAGGCCUCAUGGAUCUCUACUAGCUCAAAGAUGUGUGAAGGAGGAAGUCAACUCACUUGUGAUGUGUUCCGUUUCCACUUGCCUGUCCCUCCAUUCCUGCAGCCUGGGGCUCUGUUAGAAUUUGCCAUCAAGUACAAGGUUUGUGGAGUUGAAUACUGGGACAAUAAUUUUGGAGAAAAUUACAAGUUACUUUGCCAUCACUACAAGCACACUGUCCCCAAAGAAUGUGAGGAUAGCAUGGUUCACUUUUUUUAGGAUGCGGCGUUCAGGCACAAAAAAAUGAAAAGCACACUUAUUGAAAAUGAAUUGACUUUCUUGUGACAUUGACAGGUAGGUGACUUUUUGCAAAUACAUGAAUAAAAAUACAACGAUGAUUUGUUGUUACGCAUAGACUGUGAAUGAACUUUUGACAUGAGAGAAAUUAACACUAACAUCAAAUGGAUUUUUAUCUGUCAGCAGCUUCCAAAAGUUAAUUUUGUGUCUUUUUAAAUUGCACUUUGAUUUCAACUUUCACUUUUGUGUCUUUUUCUAUUGUGGUAUUUGAAUUGCACAAGAAAGCACAUGAAUGUUUGGACUUUCAUUGGAAAGGAGGUUCACGAACUAUUCCAUUACAGUAUAUUGAAAAGGAAGUGAUCGCCAAAUCUUAGCAAACCCGAAUGCCAAAUGUGUGUCUUAGGGGGUAAUAUUAAAAAAACAUUCUUUUGUCAUGUGUUACUACAAACCAUAAAUAAUGUCUAUUUUGUGUAAUAAAGAUGUGACCAAA